ACAUCAGAACAGCUUAUCUGGACCGGAUCCUAAAACAACCCGAUAUUCUGUUGUCUCAGAUUUACGCACAGAUUCUGGUUUCCAGAUCAUUCUCCAGUUUUGUUGUUUCCACCUGUUACUGUCUUCGCUCCGACUGAGAGUUUGAUGUCCAGAUUCAGGAGUAAGUUGGAUCUGUGUGAAUAUUAAAGCAGCACUGUGGAAGUUCUGACCCAAGUUUUAGCUUAAUUUGAGUCAUUCAAAAACUCGCCUAUGAAACUUGAGAGGUGCAGAUCCGGCUCUGAAUGGGUCAUGUGACCUAGAGCGCCGCUGUAACGCACUCUGAGCUCACCUUACAUCCUUCUGCUUUUCUCAUCCUCGAGCCAAAAUAUAAUCCAGUAAAUACGUCACAGACCUGCAUGUCAGCUCUUCUCCUCUGUUGAGGUUCCUGCAGCCUUUAUGGAACCUGUUGUCUCCUCCGUCCUUCUCUUCCACGGCUCCUGGAGCUCCCCCUCCCUCUCCCUCUCCCCCUCCCUCUCCCUCUCCCCCUGGCUCUGCCUCCUCUUCUCUCUCUCCGUUUCAAUCAGAGACUCUGAGGGUAUCUAGAGGGGAAUGUGGCCUCGUCUUUAAACUCCAUGACUUCUCAGUUUGCUCUGCUACCAGACUCCAGAACACGGAGGGAGGCUGUUAAAAUCUGGGACAGUGCAGUGCUGUCAGUGGCCUUCAGGGGCGCUAGACCUGGAAGUUAGGGGUUUACCGCCCCCUGGUGGCUAAAAGUAACAGUGCUGCUUUAAAUCUGCGCUCUGUUUUUAUUUUAAAAUAACUGAAAGGAUGUUCCAAACAAUUCAAGGAGGUAGAUUAACGCCAGGAAGGAGACAAGCUCAGUUUCCUGUUUCAGACCAGGACCCAGAAAUCUGCAAGAAAACCGGACAAACUCCACCAAACCAGAGCUGAGUAUAGAACCCGACCCAAACUGAACUUUCAAGAGCCAGAGCCAAAUGAAGCGAACCUCAGAAAAGUUCUUAGUUGGUUUUAUGGUGGAUUCAGAACCCGGUUCAGGUUAAUAAUGUCAAAUGAUUCUGUUUCUGACCCGGCUCUCAGUCCUGUCCCCCUCCUUCCUCUCGGCUCUUUUCCUGACUCUUCGUCACUCAUUUCCUUCUUCCUGUUUCCUGCGGCCAGUUUCCUGUUCCCAGGCAGCUUGUGGAGCAGCAGCAGCUCGCCAGGCUCACCGGACAACCGAGGAAUACCUCUGGUCUGAUUUUUGACGGACGGAUCGUAGAUAAACGUUCUUUUCUUCAUGUUUGGAUUGAAGUUGUUUUGUUUUGAUGUUGAGAAUCCUGAGCUCAACUAGAAGCAUCAGCCCACCGUAGCCUAGCUGCUCCACUGACAGAUCAAGCUGGUGUCAGGUUAAUUCCCGGAACCCUCCUAUAGAGCACAAUGGGAGCUACCUGAGUGCCUCACCUGAGCGCCUCACCUGAGCGCCUCACCUGUGGCUGCGGCUCAGCCUGUUGGAUGGCCACAGGUCUGAACUUCUGGAGAUUCAAUGAAGUCAGAAGGUGAGUCAGGGUCUGUGGACAGGUGAACCAGGACUCGAGUGAGGAGGAGGACGGAGGACGUGGGGUCACAUGGGGUGUACGUGCCAUGGAGGUCAAAGGUCAACUCAUUUUAGCACCUGAGCCCCUCACCUGUCCAAACAGGAAGCAAAAAGAGCGAAUGGCUGAGCUGCAGGAGAGGAGGCGGAGCCUGCAAGCACUGUUGAGCACACGAUUGGCUGAGCUCAGGCGGAUCUGUCUCCAGGAGGCGGAGUUGACAGGUGCAGUCCCCAGUGACUUCCCCUUGGAGGCGGGGGAGAAGCCACCCUGCAUUCGUCGACGAGGUGGGACGUUCCGUCAGGGAAACAGGAAGUGUCGAGUGGAGCAGGAUGAAGACGGUCAGCGCGCCAAACCCAGAAAAACUUUAUUCAGUGCAGCUCUGAGGAAACACAGCGACUCUGAAAACAGCACGCACACUCAGACGCACACGCACCACGGCAAGAGGACCGUGCACAGAGGCUGCCACACAGACGAUAAUGUGCGAUCAGAGAGCAGCUCGGCGUCAGACUCAACAGGAAACGACAACGACAACGGUGUGUCUCAGUGUCGCCCCCUACUGGUUUCUGCUGGAUCUCCUGUGGAGGUCUUCAACCAGAACAAAACCAAGAAGAACUCUGUGCUCAGCAGGCCUGAGCUCCGAGAGACCAGCAAGCCCCCCCCUCUCCCUCCCUCCCACCCUCCUCCCCCGCCCCCCCGCUCUCAGGACUCCUCCUCCUCUUCUGAUGCCGGACGGGAGGGAGGAUGCAAGACGUCCCGCCAAAGUAACGGCUCAGACGUCCCUCCCUCGGGGGAGAAUGUCGGGGUCCAGCAGGGGGCAGUGUGGGUCAACGGCGCGACAGUGUCCCGGGGAACGAACGCCGCCGGAUUGUUCUGGAGCGCCGAGACACUGGCAGACAGACGGACCAGAACCAACCCUGGAGCCUCAGAGGGGGGCGGCAGGGCGGCGGGGCAAGGAGGAGGGAGAGGAGGCGGAUACAGCGAGGUUCUGUUGGACUACGUGUGGGAAAAGCAGCGCCAGCUGCAGCGCCAGCAAUCUCAGCCCAGCAGACCGCCGAACACGUCGCAGCAACAGCCGCUUCAUAACGGCUGCUCCGCCCAGCCGCCCCACGGAGCCCCGCCCACCUACCGCAGUCACCACGGCGACCAGCGCAGAGUUACUGUCACUCGCACAAAGUCCUGUGGCCCAUUCCUGCCGGUGCAACAGAACCAGGCUGAUGUCAACCUUCAGGCUCCGCCCACCAUUCAGCCAGACCCACACCCACAUCUGCUGCCCCCACGCCCGCCUCAGCUGCCCCCCACACAGGACUCCCAGCUGGAGGAGGCCACCAGGAGCCUCCACAAGGCCCUGGCCCUGGAAGGCCUGAGAGAUUGGUACCUGAGGAACACCUUAGGAUCCUCCCAACAGAACCAGGCCUGUGGAAAGGUCUCGGCAGGUGCUGACACUAAGCCAAGUGACGGGCUCAAAGGUCCGGCUGAAGGCUGUGACGCCCUGCAGCGAAGACGCACGACUCACGGAGUGCUGCAGCAGUCGACCUAUCAGAGUCAUCAUUAUGCUGUACCGCAUCACAAACAGACGCUGCCGCACUCCGCCACUUUCCACGGACACCCACUGCACGGGAGGUCUGUGGACAGCUCGCUCUACCUGGACUCCUUUCCCUCCCAAAAACAGGAAGUCUCCCUCAGAGACAUGGUGGACCAGCCGUCCCCUGGGACUCUGGUCUGAUCACCAACCAAUGA